AUGCCGGCCCUGGGCAUUGACAGACUGACGCUGCAGAGUCGCCAUGCUAACAAGCACAAGCCCUGGCUUGAGCCCACCUACCACGGCAUCGUGACAGAGAACGACAACACCGUGCUGCUCGACCCCCCGCUGAUCGCCCUGGACAAAGACGCCCCUCUGCGGUUCGCAGCUAACAAGCACAAGCCCUGGCUUGAGCCCACCUACCACGGCAUCGUGACAGAGAACGACAACACCGUGCUGCUCGACCCCCCGCUGAUCGCCCUGGACAAAGACGCCCCUCUGCGGUUCGCAGAGAGUUUUGAGGUGACAGUCACCAAAGAAGGUGAGAUUUGUGGAUUUAAAAUUCAUGGGCAGAAUGUCCCCUUUGACGCGGUAGUGGUGGAUAAAUCCACGGGCGAGGGACUCAUUCGCUCGAAAGAGAAGCUAGACUGUGAGCUGCAGAAAGACUACACGUUCGCCAUCCAGGCCUAUGACUGCGGGAGGGGGCCCGACGGCAGUGCCAACGCAAAGAAGUCUCAUAAAGCAACUGUCCACAUCCAGGUGACCGAUGUGAACGAGUACGCGCCCGUGUUCAAGGAGAAGUCCUACCAGGCGACCGUGGUGGAGGGGAAGCGUUACGAGAGCAUCCUGAGGGUGGAGGCCGUGGACGCAGACUGCUCCCCCCAGUUCAGCCAGAUCUGCAGCUAUGAAAUCGUCACCCCCGACGUGCCGUUCGCUGUCGACAAAGAUGGGUACAUAAAGAACACAGAGAAGUUGAACUACGGGAAAGAACACCAGUACAAGCUGACCGUCACCGCCUACGACUGCGGGAAGAAGAGGGCGGCCGAGGACGUGCUGGUGAAGAUCAGCAUUAAGCCCACCUGCACCCCCGGGUGGCAAGGAUGGAACAGCAGGGUGGACUACGAGCCGGGCACGGGCGCGCUGGCCCUCUUCCCAAACGCCCACCUGGAGACGUGCGACCAGUCGGUGGCCUCGGUGCAGGUGAAGGUGGAGCUGGAGACCAGCCACAUAGGGAAAGGCUGUGACCGCGACACCUACUCCGAGAAGUCCCUUCACCGGCUCUGUGGCGCUGCGUCUGGCACUGCCGAGCUGCUCCCUUCCCCGAGCGGCUCCCUGAACUGGACCGUCGGCCUCCCCACCGACAACGGCCACGACAGCGACCAGGUCUUCGAGUUCAACGGCACUCAGGCAGUCAGGAUCCCAGAUGGCAUCGUCUCCGUCAACCCCAAAGAGCCCUUCACGGUCUCUGUGUGGAUGAGGCACGGGCCCUUCGGCAAGAGGAAGGAGACCAUUCUCUGCAGCUCAGACAAAACAGAUAUGAACCGGCACCACAGCUCCCUCUCUGUCCACGGCUGCCGGCUUAUUUUCCUUCUCCGUCAGGAUCCUUCCGGAGACAAGAUGUACAAACCCGCGGAAUUCCACUGGAAGCUGACUCAGGUCUGUGAUGAGGAGUGGCACCACUACGUCCUCAACGUGGAGAUCCCGAGGGUCACGCUCUACGUGGACGGUGUUGCUCACGAGCCCUUCUCGGUGACUGAAGAUUACCCGCUUCACCCGUCCAGGAUCGAGACUCAGCUCGUGGUGGGGGCUUGUUGGCAAGAGUACUCAGGAGUUGAAAAUGACAAUGAAACUGACCCCGUGCCUGUGGCCUCGGCAGGUGGUGACCUGCACAUGACCCAGUUUUUCCGAGGUGAUCUGGCCGGCCUGACGAUCCGGUCUGGGAAGCUCACAGACAAGAAGGUGAUUGACUGUCUGUACACCUGCAAAGAGGGGCUAGACCUUCAGGUCCCUGAAGACGGUGGCAGAGGAGUGAAGAUCCAAGCCGGCCCCAGCCAGUCAGUGCUGACCCUGGAGGCGGAGGACGUGGGGCAGCUGGAGGCGGCCAUGCAGCACGUCGCCUACCUGAACUCCCGGCAGUUCCCCACGCCUGGGAUCCGGAGGCUCAGACUCACCAGCUCCCUCAAGUGUCUUAAUGAGGCUGCCUGCGCUUCGGUCCCCCCGGUCGAUGGCUACGUGAUGGUUUUGCAGCCGGAGGAGCCCAAGAUCAGCCUGAGCGGCAUCCACCAUUUUGCUCGCGCAGCUUCCGAAUUUGAAAGCUCGGAGGGCGUCUCCCUUUUCCCCGAGCUUCGGAUCAUCAGCACCAUCACUCGAGAAGUGGAGCCCAACGGGGAGGGAGACGAGGACCCCACAGUUCAAGAGUCCCUGGUGUCUGAGGAGAUCGUGCACGACCUGGACACCUGUGAGGUGACGGUGGAGGGAGAGGAGCUGAACCCCGAGCAGGAGAGCCUGGAGGUGGACAUGGGCCGCCUGCAACACAAGGGCAUGGAAGUGAGCAGCUCCGACCUGGGCGUGAUCUUCACAGGCGUGGACACCAUGGCCAGCUACGAGGAGGUGUUGCACCUCCUGCGCUAUCGGAACUGGAACUCUAGGUCCUUGCUUGACCGGAAGUUCAAGCUCGUCUGCUCCGAGCUCAACGGACGCUACAUUAGCAAUGAGUUCCAGGUGGAGGUAAACGUGAUCCACACGGCCAACCCCGUGGAACACGCCAGCCACAUGGCCGCCCAGCCGCAGUUCGUCCACCCUGAGCAUCGCUCCUUUGUCGACCUCUCGGGUCACAACCUGGCCAACCCCCACCCGUUCGCAGUGGUCCCCAGCACGGCGACCGUCGUGAUCGUGGUGUGCGUCAGCUUCCUGGUGUUCAUGAUCAUCCUGGGCGUGUUCCGGAUCCGGGCUGCUCACCAGCGCACGACGCGGGACCAGGACACCGGCAAGGAGACCGAGAUGGACUGGGACGACUCCGCCCUGACCAUCACCGUCAACCCCAUGGAGACCUACGAGGACCAGCACAGUGAGGAGGAGGAGGAGGAAGAGAGCGAGGAAGGCGAGGAUGACGUCACGAGCGCCGAGUCGGAGAGCAGCGAGGAGGAGGGAGAGCACGGGGACCAGCAGGCGGCCGGCCGGCAGCAGCAGCUGGAGUGGGACGACUCCACCCUCAGCUACUGAGCCCCCGCCGCCAGCAUCCGGAAACUGCCGCCCGUCGCGCCUGCCCCCGGGGCCACGUGUACAAAGUCGUCUGGCCAGUAGGUCCGCUGACCCUCCCCUCGCCGCCCGCGCUUGGUGUGCAGGACCCCAGGCCCCCUCCCCCGCCCGCCGCCUGGGCCUGUCCCGCGAGGAGCCGACACGCGCCCUCCCGUCAUCUCGCUCUGUGUGGCCCCCUCGCGCCUCCACAAACGCCGAAUCUGGACUCGGUGACAAAGGGUUAAAACUGCUCACUCCCACCUGGUAAUCCCUCCGUUUUUUUAGUUUUGUUUUAUUUUUUAAUUUUUCAUUUUCCCCAAACUAGUGCAUGUAUAAAAUGGCCGAAUGGGGGUUCAUAUGUAGAUGAUGAACUGACUUUUUAAUAUUUUGUAAAUAAAUUGGGAUUCCUCAUGUCCUUUGUGCUAGUGUAACCCAGGGUUGGAAUGCAGGUGAAGUGAAACACUGAGUGCGGGAGACCCCUCGGUGCCCCCCAGACGAGAACGGGGCACCCCGCUCGGGCACGCGGCACCCAGGACUGCCCAGCCUCAGGUCUUGGCCCCGUGCAGGGCCAGCCAGUCGCGGGCAGGGGUGUGGUGUGCUGCUUGUGGCGGGGCGCCCUCCCUGGCUGGACGUGGCCAGGCCCUGUCUGUGUCAUCCCACCAGUUUCCCACGUGGCAGAGGGGUGGGGAGCGGGGAUCCCUUGCAUACAGCGCCCUGUGCCGGAAGCCGGACUCCCCGUGUGCAGCCUCGGGGCUCCUCACGUGUACCCUUCAUACCAGAGGACGCAUGCACAAUACGGACGGCACCGACCGUCCGACCACUUGGGUCGGAGACAGCAGCAGGCCCGAGCGAUCCAUACUCAGAAGGUCUGGUGACACGUUCGCUGAACAGACGCCCAGCGGCCCAAAACCAGAAUUUGACUUCCCCCAGCAGCCCGAGCUCUGUCCUCCCCGGCGCCCCGGGAACCCCGCUCCCGGGCGUGAGGGGCCUGCUGCCCUGCUGGGCGUGAAGGGAAGGGAGCGAAAGUCACGAGGGAAACCCUGCAGCACUUUGUUUUCAAUUUAUGUGUAAAAUUUUAGAUUUCUAAAACGGGCAAGUACUUUUGAAUACUGUCCCAUGACCCUGACUGCUGGGUUCGAGGACACUGCGCCUGUCCCGUGUCUGUGGCCCCCCCACGUGCUGUCACUGUAGCUGCUGUUUAGACCGCGGGUAGAUGCUAGCGCGGAGGCGAGCCGUCCGCUGUCUUAGCCGCUGGUCCCACCUGCCGACGUGUACAUUGGUGAUAGGUCAGAAGUGUCUGCACUACAAUAAAAUUCUGGUUCUAACCCCA